AUGUCCCUCAAGCGCAAAGCUGAAAUCGCAGCUGUCCCAUCCAGCCCAUCAAUUCCGGCCCCCAGCGAAUGGGCUUCGAUGAUCGAUGGAAACAAUCACCUUCACAGCCGGACACGCAAACGCUUCAGAGAUGACCGUCCCAGCGACCAAGUGAUUUACCAGAACACAUUACGCUGGAUCUUUUCUGCCCAGAAGCAGCAAGUGCAAGUGCCUGCACGUACGGUCGAAAUGGAUACAAUGGACUCAGAACCCACUGUCGAAACACCCGAGGAGGUUGACCCGCGGCAGCAAACAUUACACCGGUUCUUCCAACCAACACCCCAGCAAUCAUCUUCCUUCCGACCAUCCCGUCAAGCACUUGCGCCUCGCGCAAAUGAGACAGCUCUGGCCCAGGAGGACAGUCUUCGGCGUCGGGCGUUUGACCAGAUGAACCCGGUGGACAGCUCCAGCACGAGUGACAGCAAUAGCCCCGGGUUCAAUCAGAUGGACGCUGACGUGGAUAUGGACAUGGAUAUGGACAGUGGCAGUGGAAGUGAUGGAUCCGGCCAGUUGUCCAAGAACUGGGUUGGGGGUAUGGCGUGGGUAUGA